AUGCUAAUUUUACCGUAUCAGUAUGUAGGAGGUUCAGAGUUCGUAUUGUUUAUUCUUUUGUUUCAGUUGCCGAGAAGUCAGGAGGAAUGGAAAGACGUCAGUGAAAAGUUUGCCUCUAAGUGGAAUUUUCCUCAUACGCUUGGUGCAAUUGACGGUAAACAUGUGAGAAUAGUUAAGCCUGAGCAAAGCGGGUCUAACUAUUAUAACUACAAAAAAUCUUUCAGUGUGGUAUUGUUCGCUAUAGUCGAUGCCAAUUAUGAAAUCAUGAACGUUCACACUGGCACUAAUGGACGAGUGGCGGAUCCCACAGUUUUCCGGCAAACCAAGUUCUACGAGCUGAUGACUCAAGGAAAAUUAAAUCUUCCCUCACCCACCACGCUACCUAGUUCAACGAAAGCUACCCCUUUUGUGUUCUUAGGGGACUCUGCAUUUGCUAUCUCGACAAAGAUAAUGAAACCAUAUCCUCAUAAUCUGGCUACUUAUGAACAGAAAGUAUUUAAUUACAGGCUUUCCCGAGCUAGAAGAGUGGUACAGAAUGUGUUCGGGAUUUUGGCAUCUCGAUUCAGAUUUUACCACACCGCUUUGAACGUGUCACUGGAUAGUGUCGACGCUAUUGUGCUAGCAAGUUGUGUCCUUCACAACUUCUUUGUACGGAAUAGUGGUCGCUAUAUCAAUCAGCAAAGUUUGAUUCGUCAAAGUAUUGAAGAAGGGUCUAUAGUGCCUGGAGAAUCGUCAGGUAAUGAACUGACGCCAUUACAAGGACGUAAUCAGCCAUGGGGUACCAGUGCACGUGAAGUACGAGAGACGUUUAAAAACUAUUUUCUAUAA